GCGGUGCAUUGUGGGCCUCGCACUGAUUUAUAUACGAGCCGCAGAGGGCGCCGGGAGACGCGGGAGGCGGCGGCGCGGAGGCGGUGGCGCUCGGGGCUGGCGCGGCGCGGAGCUGCGGGUCGGCCGGCGGCGAUCCGGGGCCUCCGAGAGCGCGGGGCCUUCACCGCUCCCCCGGGCCACGCCGCGGGACGCGGAGGCACCCUGCCCGGCGUCGGCCGGCCGCUUAUCGGCCGCCACGGACGUGGAGGCGGCGGCGGCGGGCGGAGCCGGGCCCGGCUCGGAGGGACCGCUCGGUAGGGCCCGGAGAGGGGGGCUCGUUCGUCUCUGGCCGCGCCGGAGCCUCCGCGGGCGGGCUCGCGGUUGAGGGCUUUCAGCCGGGAGAGAGGCGCGGCCCGGCGCGGGGCAGAAGGCUCCGUCUGCUCGCCCAGCAUCUUUGUUCGGCGGGCCGCUGCUGGAGAGAGGAGCGGCGAGGCCCGCACCGUCGCGUUUCCCCGUUCCUCCUCGGGGCCUGAGCCGGCCGGGAGCUCGGCUCCGCGUCGGAUGGAAGGCUGAAGGCUGUGCAGCGACGGGUCUCCCUUCCCCGCGUCUUCCGACCCGAUAUCAGCUCCUCGCUGCUGGGAUUAUAAAUGUUUGGACGGAGACCCAGGAAACUGAAAGGAGAGCCUCCCGUUGGAAUUCGCAGAAGAGAAAAGGAAGGAGGCUUUUCCAAAUCCCUCGCGAUAAAACUCAAGCCGUUUUCCCGUGCUGUCCGUAUUCUGUUUAAUAAUGCGAUUGUGACAUGAGUGGGAUUUCCGAGCCAUGAACUGUUGAAGCUUUUGCACCGGUGCGUCGGACUACGUUUUUCUCUCUGCACAUGAUUCCCCCAUCCCAGCUGUUGCAGGACCUAUGGGCCAACAAUAGACGAGAGGUUAAUUUUCACAUUCUUCUGUGCUGGGGACUUGGCUAGUUAGCUGGAGUUGCUGCUGCUUUUUAUUGGAGCUGUUCUUUAUUGGGCAGUUUUAUUUGUUUUCACGUACACGGGGUGUUUCAGUUAAACAGAUGUUGGACUGUAGCUGAAUGGAUGCUUUGCAAUCCACAAGAUUUUGGAGGAUAACAAAAAACUACUAAAAACAGAAGAACCGGUACUGCUGGAAACCUGGAGCCCAUUUUCCAAGCCUUUUUAUUUUAUUGAGCAAGAUGAUGUGUGAGGUGAUGCCAACCAUCAGUGAGGCAGAGAUUCCCUCUGGGGGAAAUGGAGGCCAUGGUUCAGGUUCCCCAUUACAGUCAGAUGCUGAUUCCCAUUUUGAACAGUUAAUGGUAUCCAUGUUGGAAGAAAGGGAUCGCCUUCUGGAAACGCUAAGAGAAACUCAGGAGACGCUAGCGUUGACCCAGGGCAAGCUGCAUGAAGUUGGGCAUGAAAGAGAUUCCUUGCAGAGACAGCUCAAUACUGCACUUCCACAGGAAUUUGCAGCGCUUACAAAAGAGCUAAAUGUAUGCAGGGAACAGCUGCUUGAAAGAGAAGAAGAAAUCGCUGAACUGAAAGCAGAAAGAAAUAAUACAAGGCUAUUACUGGAACAUUUGGAGUGUCUUGUCUCCAGGCAUGAGCGAUCUCUCAGAAUGACUGUUGUGAAGAGACAAGCUCAAUCUCCAGCAGGAGUUUCUAGUGAAGUAGAAGUUCUCAAAGCACUAAAAUCUUUAUUUGAACACCAUAAAGCCCUUGAUGAAAAGGUAAGGGAAAGGUUACGAGUAGCACUUGAAAGGUGUAGCUUAUUGGAAGAAGAACUAGGUACUACGCAUAAAGAGUUAAUGAUUCUGAAAGAGCAAAAUAAUCAGAAAAAAACACUUCCAGAUGGGAUGCUGGAUAUAAAUCAUGAACAAGAAAGUACACCAACUACAAAUGGGAAGCGAUCUUCUGAUGGUUCUUUGUGCCAUGAUGAAAAUCUUGCUAAAGUGAUUGAACUCCAAGACAUCAUAGAUAAGCAAAAUAAGGAGCAGACACAAAUGAAAGAACGCCUUACUGCUUUGUCUAGUAGAGUAGCAGAGCUAGAGGAAGAUCUUGACACAGCUAGGAAGGACUUAAUAAAGUCUGAAGAAAUGAACACAAAAUUGCAGAGAGAUGUACGAGAGACUAUGGCCCAAAAGGAGGACAUGGAAGAGAGAAUUACAACUCUUGAAAAACGCUACCUCGCUGCACAACGUGAAGCUACAUCUGUGCAUGACCUCAAUGAUAAACUUGAAAAUGAAAUAGCCACUAAAGACUCCAUGCACCGACAGAGUGAAGAUAAGAACAGGCAAUUGCAAGAACGGCUGGAACUAGCUGAGCAAAAACUGCAGCAGACUUUGAGAAAAGCUGAAACUUUACCAGAGGUGGAAGCUGAGCUGGCACAGAGAGUUGCAGCACUUUCAAAGGCUGAAGAGAGGCAUGGCAAUAUAGAAGAGCGACUGAGACAGAUGGAAGCACAGCUAGAAGAAAAGAAUCAAGAACUGCAAAGGGCUAGACAGAGGGAGAAGAUGAAUGAAGAGCAUAAUAAACGCUUGUCAGAAACUGUGGAUAAGCUACUCUCUGAAUCUAAUGAAAGGCUUCAGCUUCAUCUCAAGGAAAGAAUGGCUGCCUUGGAAGAUAAGAAUUCACUUCUUCGAGAAAUUGAAAAUGCAAAAAAACAAAUAGAGGAACUUCAACAUGAGAAGGAUAAGCUUUUAUUAAAUAUUGAAGCAUUAAGGGCUGAAAAUGACCAAGUGAGACUCAGAGCCACAUCACUUCAUCAUAGCCGACCAGAUUUCAGAUACCCCAUGGCGCCUUCAUCUGUGGCUGACAGUCAUGCAGACUCUUAUGGCACUUCUGUGCUGAGGCGUCCUCAGAAAGGGCGUUUGGCAGCUCUCAGAGAUGAGCCUUCAAAGGUUCAAACUCUGAAUGAGCAGGACUGGGAGCGAGCCCAGCAAGCAAGUGUAUUGGCAAAUGUGGCACAAGCAUUUGAAAGCGAUGUCGAUGUGUCUGAUGGUGAGGAUGACAGGGAGACUAUAUUUAGUUCAGUUGAUCUGCUGUCACCAAGUGGUCAGGCUGAUGCUCAGACUUUGGCCAUGAUGCUUCAGGAACAGCUGGAUGCAAUUAACAAAGAGAUUAGGCUUAUACAGGAAGAAAAGGAAAACACAGAACAGCGUGCAGAGGAAAUUGAAAGCAGAGUGGGUAGUGGGAGUUUGGAUGCCCAUGGCCGAUUCCGGUCCAUGAGCUCUAUUCCUCCUCCCUAUGCAAGUGGUUCCCUUGCUGGUUCUUCCCCGCCUGGCAGUGGUCGCUCCACCCCAAGGCGGAUUCCGCAUAGUCCAGCUAGGGAAGUGGACAGACUAGGUAUCAUGACGCUGCCUAGUGAUUUAAGGAAACAUCGUAGAAAGUCUCCAUCUUCUAGAGAAGAGGUACGAGAUGAUAAAGCGACAAUAAAAUGUGAGACGUCCCCACCUUCUUCACCUCGAUCUUUGCGUUUGGACAGAGUCCAAAAAGGAGCUUUGCAUACAGUGAGCCACGAAGAUAUCAGGGACAUAAGAAAUUCAACCGGCUCACAAGAUGGUCAAGCAAGUAAUCCUAGUAGCAGCAAUAGUAGCCAAGAUUCCCUUCAUAAAGCCCCCAAAAAGAAGGGGAUUAAAUCCUCGAUUGGCCGCUUGUUUGGCAAGAAAGAAAAGGGACGACCUGGACAAACAAGCAAGGAAGCAUUAGGACAAGUUGGUGUGGCAGAAGCAGAUAGUUCCUCUCAGGAUGCAUUAGGUCUUAGCAAACUUGGAGGUCAGGCAGAAAAAAACAGAAAAAUGCAGAAAAAGCAUGAGUUGCUUGAGGAAGCCAGAAGACAAGGUUUACCUUUUGCACAAUGGGAUGGACCUACAGUAGUUGUAUGGUUGGAGCUGUGGGUAGGGAUGCCAGCCUGGUAUGUGGCUGCAUGCCGAGCAAACGUGAAAAGUGGUGCUAUUAUGUCAGCUUUGUCUGAUACGGAAAUACAGCGUGAGAUUGGAAUUAGUAAUCCCCUGCACAGACUGAAGCUGAGACUGGCCAUUCAGGAGAUCAUGUCACUAACAAGUCCAUCUGCCCCUCCCACCUCAAGGACGACCACGGGAAAUGUCUGGGUAACACAUGAAGAAAUGGAAAAUCUUACAGCCUCACAACAAACGGAAGAUGAGGAGGGAAGCUGGGCUCAGACGUUAGCAUAUGGUGAUAUGAACCAUGAGUGGAUUGGCAACGAAUGGCUCCCUAGUCUGGGGCUCCCUCAGUAUCGCAGCUAUUUCAUGGAAUGUCUUGUUGAUGCUCGAAUGCUGGAUCACUUAACUAAAAAAGAUCUACGUGGACAACUUAAAAUGGUGGACAGUUUUCAUAGAAACAGUUUUCAGUGUGGAAUUAUGUGCCUAAGAAGACUGAACUAUGAUCGAAAAGAACUUGAAAGAAAAAGAGAAGAAAGCCAAUCUGAAAUUAAAGAUGUCCUUGUCUGGAGCAAUGAGAGAAUGAUCCAUUGGGUGUUGUCCAUUGGGCUCAAAGAAUAUGCGAAUAACCUUUUAGAGAGCGGAGUUCAUGGUGCACUUGUGGCCUUAGAUGAAACAUUUGAUUACAAUGCGUUAGCUCUCUUAUUACAAAUACCAACUCAGAACACACAGGCUCGUGCUGUUCUGGAGAGGGAAUUUAAUAACCUUCUCGUUAUGGGCACUGACAGAAGACUUGAUGAAGAUGAUGAUAAGAGCUUUAGGAGAGCACCUUCAUGGAGAAAGAAGUUUAGACCAAAGGACAUAAGAGGUUUAGCUGCUGGAUCAGCAGAGACUCUUCCUGCAAAUUUCAGAGUUACAACCUCAAUGUCUUCACCCUCUAUGCAGCCAAAGAAGAUGCAGAUUGAUGUUUACCCACACUAUUUCUACCGGUGAUAUGCAGCAUUUUGAACAUUUGGAAACCGUAACCUGUUAAUACUUGUUAAAUGGACACUUUGAGAUAUUUUAUUACAGAGUUUUUAAUUAGCAGAUAAAUUCAUGAGUACUAUAGAGAAAAUAUUUUAGAAUCUAAAUGUUUCUUAUAUUUAUGUGACUUCUCAUUUAUAUAGCUACUUACUUUUUUCAGUUUCUAUUCAGCCUACAAUGAAUCAUUGCUGAUUUUUAAUCUAAUUUUAGUCUUUCCAACUGAAUGUACUGUAAUGCUUGUAUGUAUAUGUCCCUAUAAAUAAUGUAGGGUUUUUGUAAAUUAUGCAGUUACUGUAAUUAUCGUUGUUUUUUUAAUAAUGAAACUGAAGGUGAAAAGAAUUUUAAUACCUUUGUAAAAGUAUCAUGACACCGAGCAGUAUAUAUUUUGUCUUUUGGAGAUGUUAGCUAGAUCUGAAAACAAGUCCAGCUUUUUUUCAGACAAGCGUAUGUUGUUGUAUGGUACAUAAUUGUUGUUCUUUUCAGAAGUGUACCCUUCCACAAAGCAAUUGUCAGUAGUGGGAAUUUGUCUUUAUUUAAAGUAUAACUUGUUUGAAAAGCUGGGAGGAACUAGAACACAAUGGAACGCAUUUUAGAAGUGAUUGACUCGGUCAUAACUCUGUCUCUGCUGUAUUUGUAUAGCAUAUCUUCACAGUGACUGAGAACAAGCCAUAAACCAAGAACUGUUUUUCUUAACUGAGGAAGAUAGACUUCAUAAUAAUUCCUGGUCGUAAUCCACAGGCCACAGAGAGUGCUUUUGUGCUAGAUCUUUUUUUGACUGAAAACACUUGUGGAAAGAUGCUGGUAAAACUAAUUUUAAUGGACCAGUCAUGAAGCACUGCAGUCUCACGUCAAAUGACUAGUGAAAAUGAAGGUACAGUGUGCUGAGAACUAAAGCAGUGCAACUCCUAAUCAAGGCCUUACUUUUCUUAUGUAAAUCAUAUUUUGUGUUUUGUAAACUUGUUCUAAAGAGUUGUCUGGACUUUAGUUUGAAUGGUUGUAGCCGUUUUGGACUGUAUGAGUAGAAAAAUGUAUCCAACACUUGCAAAUGGCAUAUUAAAAAGCCAGCAAGAUUCUGUUCAGAUGGUGCAUUAUUUAUUAUGCAACAAUAUAUAUAUAGCAUGUCUUUUUUCUUAUUUUGUUUUCCACUUUUAACUUGCUUGUAAAACAAAUUCAUUGUUACUGUUCUGUUUUUCUAUUAAUCUUUUGUGUAUUUUCAGAUUAUGUAACAAUAUGUACAGUCUACUUUUGAACUAUUUUUAUCACAGUAUUAUUUAUUGCUUUCUUUCAAUAAAGUACUGAUGCAUUUUCCACUGCCAAUAAAACACUAUUGAGAAGCUAAAAUCUAAUUGUAUGCAGGCAGAUACUUUUUGCGGUGAGUGGAUAUUUGUCAAUAAAGCAUCUUAAUGAUU